AUGCAUGCCGCACUGUGCUCUGCCUCACCCCUCAUGCCCAAUCAUCGCAAGCAAUCGAGCCGCAUAGCUAGUCGUCGAUCCCUUCCAGAGGGAGCAACCCUUGCCAAAGCUUGCAAUAGGUGCCAUGAACGAAAGAUAAAAUGCGACGGACUGCAUUCUAUGGUCGAAUUCUCGGGUGACCGAACUAGAAGCAAGAAUUCAUUGGCUAGAACAGUUGAUUAA